AUGCCAACCACCCGGCGAGCCAUGGAAUCCCAUGCGCUGAUAUCUAUUUUCAUACAAAAAAAAUUCAUCAACAUUUCAUUCUGCAUAGUUUUUAUUUUUCACUUGGGAAAUUCAGGCGUUACCUCCAGCAGUUUGCAGUGAACUCUGAGCUGUCGAAGAGGCGAAAUUCUCUCGAGUUUUUUGACGAAUUCAUCAGUGACGUAUGCAUCAACUGCUAGAAUUUUUCGCAAGAGCGAAGGGACCUCUCUCUUCUCCUGAUUUGAAAGAUAAAUUUAUUUGGAGAAUUGGGAUAGAAAGAUGCGAAGAAGGGAAUAAAAAUAAACAAGGGGAUUUCCUGACCUUCUCCAUUGAAUUCCUGUGGAAUGCACUAGAAUUGCUGCUGCCUGCAAAUGCGCAAUUCUCAGGUUAGAACGUCUAACCAAUCAGAAUAACCGCGAUCAGCUGAUCUAACCGCCACAAUUCUGUUUACACCUAGUGCUCGAUCACAAAACAAAAGUGACAAAGGAACUUGUGAAUCGAAAAUCAGGCUGCAUAUAUUUAAUUGUGCAAAGAACAUCUGUGAUCCCAGUUCUUCCUAAUUAAAUAUUGAAUUAUUCGAUCAAUCUCCACCACUCCAGAAAAUAUAACCCAGUGUAUUAUUAAUUCCACUUCCACAUUUGUACACAACUAUUACUUCAACAAUGCAGAAAGAAAAACCCACAACACCAACUAUGAGGAGAGCCCAAACCAUCGCCAGAACUCGAACUCCGGAUAGAAUAGAUGCAGCAUCAAGAGCUCGAAAUCGUGGACAAGUCAGAUGUCGAGCCACGAUGGCACCUGCAGAUUUUGCAGUACCAGGGGCACCGAUGCCAAGAAGAAAUCCCGCCAUGAACAUGAACAUGACUAGGAUAUCAAUAAUGCCAACGAGUCAGUUGGACAGUACAAGACGCCUUGAAUCCGAGGCCCACAAUAAUGAACUGGGUUUGCUCUACGACAAAUACGCCCAAACACUGGCAGAGGAGCACAUCGUCAGGAAGAAGAUUGAGGAGAGAGAGAAAAUAAUAGUGACGCAGUUAUCAGCAUUGGCGAAGGAGCAGGAGCAGUGCGAUCAAAAACUUUAUGACAUUAGAAUGAAACAAUUAGAGGUUUCUGCAUUGAAUGAUAUUCAGAGGAGUUCGGACGCUCAAAUUAAGGAAAUCACAGCUCUUCUCAAGACUUAUCAGGGAAAACCCGUGGAAACCCUUGGCCAGAUUCAAUCUAUACUAAAAUCCUUGGACACUCUCACUUGUAAAGAUGUGAUAAUUCCGAAAACAACAGAGGAAAUGGAGAAAUUCUUCGCUAAUCUUGAGAAAUGCAAUGAAUUUUUGGUCUUCAUGAAUUCAACGAUAGGAGACAAAGGCAAGACGAUAAAUACGGGGAACCAGGGUCUCAAAAAUUUCCUUCAGACUCAUGAAAAUCUCCAGAAAUAUAUGGAAAAUUUGGAAGAUGCUAUCGAGGCUGUUCAGAUCGAAGUGUUGAAGACCAUCUCCGCAGCUCUGAUACCUCACCAAGAGCAAACAAUGUUCAAUUCAUAAUGACAUUACU